AUGGAGAAGAGCAGUCACAAAGGCCAGAGGUUCCAAUUGUUUAGUGUAAUUUUGGAACAAUUAACCAAAGAAACAGAAGGCGGUAACCACUCCAGUGGCAAAUCAGGAGGCUUUGAUGUCAAAGCCCUCCGUGCCUUUCGAGUGUUACGACCACUUCGACUAGUAUCAGGAGUGCCCAGUUUACAAGUUGUCCUGAACUCCAUUAUAAAAGCCAUGGUCCCCCUCCUUCACAUCGCCCUUUUGGUAUUAUUCGUAAUCAUAAUCUAUGCUAUUAUAGGAUUGGAACUUUUUAUUGGAAAAAUGCACAAAACAUGUUUUUUUGCUGACUCAGAUGUCGUAGCUGAAGAGGACCCAGCGCCAUGUGCGUUCUCAGGGAAUGGACGCCAGUGUACCGCCAAUGGCACAGAGUGUAGAAGUGGCUGGGUUGGCCCAAAUGGAGGCAUCACCAACUUUGAUAACUUUGCCUUUGCGAUGCUCACCGUGUUUCAGUGCAUCACCAUGGAGGGCUGGACAGAUGUGCUCUACUGGGUAAAUGAUGCGAUAGGAUGGGAAUGGCCAUGGGUGUAUUUUGUUAGUCUGAUCAUCCUUGGCUCAUUUUUCGUCCUUAACCUGGUUCUUGGUGUCCUUAGUGGAGAAUUCUCAAAGGAAAGAGAGAAGGCUAAAGCACGGGGAGAUUUCCAGAAGCUCCGGGAGAAGCAGCAGCUAGAAGAGGAUCUGAAGGGUUACUUGGAUUGGAUUACCCAAGCGGAAGAUAUUGAUCCCGAGAAUGAGGAAGAAGGUGGAGAGGAGAGCAAACGCAAUACCAGCAUGCCCACCAGCGAGACCGAGUCUGUGAACACGGAGAACGUGAGUGGAGAAGGCGAGAGCCAAGGCUGCUGUGGAAGUCUCUGUCAAGCCAUCUCAAAGUCCAAGCUCAGCCGUCGCUGGCGUCGCUGGAACCGUUUCAAUCGCAGAAGGUGUAGGGCUGCCGUGAAGUCUGUCACGUUUUACUGGCUGGUUAUUGUCCUGGUGUUUCUCAACACCUUAACCAUUUCCUCCGAGCACUACAACCAGCCUGACUGGUUGACACAGAUUCAAGAUAUCGCUAACAAAGUCCUCUUGGCUCUGUUCACCUGUGAGAUGCUGGUAAAAAUGUACAGCUUGGGUCUUCAGGCAUAUUUCGUCUCUCUCUUUAAUCGAUUUGACUGCUUCGUGGUGUGUGGUGGAAUUACCGAAACGAUCUUGGUGGAGCUGGAAAUCAUGUCUCCCCUGGGCAUCUCUGUGUUUCGGUGUGUGCGCCUCUUACGAAUUUUCAAAGUGACCAGGCACUGGACUUCCCUGAGCAACUUGGUGGCAUCCUUGUUGAACUCCAUGAAGUCCAUCGCUUCACUGUUGCUCCUGCUGUUUCUCUUCAUCAUCAUCUUUUCCUUGCUUGGGAUGCAGCUGUUUGGCGGCAAGUUUAAUUUUGACGAAACACAAACCAAGCGAAGCACCUUUGACAAUUUCCCCCAAGCACUUCUCACAGUGUUCCAGAUUCUGACGGGUGAAGACUGGAAUGCUGUAAUGUACGAUGGCAUCAUGGCAUAUGGGGGCCCGUCAUCUUCGGGAAUGAUCGUCUGCAUCUACUUCAUCAUCCUCUUCAUUUGCGGUAACUAUAUUCUACUGAAUGUCUUCUUGGCCAUCGCUGUAGACAAUUUGGCUGAUGCUGAAAGUUUGAAUACUGCUCAGAAAGAGGAAGCCGAAGAAAAGGAGAGGAAAAAGAUUGCCAGAAAAGAGAGCCUGGAAAAUAAAAAGACCAACAAACCGGAAGUCAACCAGAUAGCCAACAGUGACAACAAAGUUACAAUCGAUGACUACCGAGAAGAAGAUGAGGACAAGGACCCCUACCCGCCUUGUGAUGUGCCAGUAGGUGAAGAGGAAGAGGAGGAGGAGGAGGAUGAACCUGAGGUUCCUGCUGGCCCCCGUCCUCGCAGAAUCUCGGAGUUGAACAUGAAGGAGAAAAUCGCCCCCAUUCCUGAAGGGAGCGCUUUCUUCAUUCUUAGCAAGACCAACCCGAUCCGCGUGGGCUGUCACAAGCUCAUCAACCACCACAUCUUCACCAACCUCAUCCUUGUCUUCAUCAUGCUGAGCAGUGCUGCCCUCGCCGCCGAGGACCCCAUCCGCAGCCACUCUUUCCGGAACACUAUACUGGGUUACUUUGACUAUGCUUUCACAGCCAUCUUUACUGUUGAAAUCCUGUUAAAGAUGACGACCUUUGGAGCUUUCCUCCACAAAGGGGCUUUCUGCAGGAACUACUUCAAUUUGCUGGAUAUGCUGGUUGUUGGGGUGUCUCUGGUGUCAUUUGGGAUCCAAUCCAGUGCCAUCUCCGUUGUGAAGAUUCUGAGGGUCCUAAGGGUCCUAAGGCCACUCAGGGCAAUCAACAGAGCGAAAGGACUUAAGCAUGUCGUCCAGUGCGUCUUCGUGGCCAUCCGGACAAUUGGCAACAUCAUGAUCGUCACCACCCUUCUCCAGUUCAUGUUUGCCUGCAUCGGGGUCCAGUUGUUUAAGGGAAAGUUUUAUCGCUGCACAGAUGAAGCCAAAAGUAACCCAGAAGAAUGCAGGGGCCUCUUCAUCCUCUACAAGGAUGGGGAUGUCGAUAACCCUGUGGUCCGUGAGAGGAUCUGGCAAAAUAGUGAUUUCAACUUUGACAACGUCCUUUCUGCUAUGAUGGCGCUUUUCACGGUCUCCACGUUUGAGGGCUGGCCUGCAUUGCUGUAUAAAGCCAUCGACUCGAAUGGAGAGAAUGUCGGCCCGAUCUACAACUACCGCGUGGAGAUCUCCAUCUUCUUCAUCAUCUACAUCAUCAUCGUAGCCUUCUUCAUGAUGAACAUCUUUGUGGGCUUCGUCAUCGUCACGUUUCAGGAGCAGGGAGAGAAAGAGUAUAAGAACUGUGAGCUGGACAAAAAUCAGCGUCAGUGUGUCGAAUACGCCUUGAAAGCACGUCCCUUGCGGAGAUACAUCCCCAAAAACCCUUACCAGUACAAGUUCUGGUACGUGGUGAACUCCUCGCCUUUCGAAUACAUGAUGUUUGUCCUCAUCAUGCUCAACACACUCUGCUUGGCCAUGCAGCACUAUGAGCAGUCCAAGAUGUUUAAUGAUGCCAUGGACAUUCUGAACAUGGUCUUCACUGGGGUGUUCACUGUCGAGAUGGUUCUGAAAGUCAUUGCAUUUAAACCUAAGGGGUAUUUUAGUGAUGCCUGGAACACGUUUGACUCCCUCAUCGUAAUCGGCAGCAUUAUAGACGUGGCCCUCAGCGAAGCCGACCACUAUUUCACUGAUGCAUGGAACACUUUUGAUGCCUUGAUUGUUGUUGGUAGCGUCGUUGAUAUUGCUAUAACUGAAGUGAAUAACUCUGAAGAGAGCAAUAGAAUCUCCAUCACCUUUUUCCGUCUUUUCCGAGUGAUGCGAUUGGUGAAGCUUCUCAGCAGGGGGGAAGGCAUCCGGACAUUGCUGUGGACUUUUAUUAAGUCCUUCCAGGCACUCCCCUAUGUGGCCCUUCUCAUAGCCAUGUUGUUCUUCAUCUAUGCAGUUAUUGGCAUGCAGAUGUUUGGGAAAGUUGCCAUGAGAGAUAACAACCAGAUCAACAGGAACAACAAUUUCCAGACCUUUCCCCAGGCGGUGCUGCUGCUCUUCAGGUGUGCAACGGGUGAGGCCUGGCAGGAGAUCAUGCUGGCCUGCCUCCCGGGGAAGCUCUGCGACCCCGAGUCGGAUUACAACCCCGGGGAGGAGUACACGUGUGGCAGCAACUUCGCCAUUGUUUAUUUCAUCAGUUUUUACAUGCUCUGCGCUUUUCUGAUCAUCAAUCUGUUUGUAGCAGUCAUCAUGGAUAAUUUUGAUUAUCUGACCCGGGACUGGUCUAUUCUGGGGCCUCACCAUUUAGACGAAUUCAAAAGAAUAUGGUCAGAAUAUGACCCUGAGGCAAAGGGAAGGAUCAAGCACCUCGAUGUGGUGACACUGCUGCGCCGCAUCCAGCCUCCCCUGGGGUUUGGGAAAUUGUGCCCACACAGAGUAGCUUGUAAGAGACUUGUUGCCAUGAACAUGCCUCUGAACAGUGACGGGACAGUCAUGUUUAAUGCAACGCUCUUUGCUCUGGUUCGAACAGCUCUUAAAAUCAAGACCGAAGGGAACCUGGAACAAGCUAAUGAGGAACUCCGAGCUGUAAUAAAGAAAAUCUGGAAGAAAACCAGCAUGAAACUACUUGACCAAGUUGUCCCUCCAGCUGGUGAUGAUGAGGUAACCGUGGGGAAGUUCUAUGCCACUUUCCUGAUACAGGACUACUUUAGGAAAUUCAAGAAACGGAAAGAACAAGGACUGGUGGGAAAGUACCCUGCGAAGAACACCACAAUUGCCCUACAGGCGGGAUUAAGGACACUGCAUGACAUUGGGCCUGAAAUCCGGCGUGCUAUAUCAUGCGAUUUGCAAGACGAUGAGCCUGAAGAAACAAAACGAGAAGAAGAAGAAGAUGUAUUCAAAAGAAAUGGUGCCCUGCUUGGAAACCAUGUCAAUCAUGUUAAUAGUGAUAGGAGAGAUUCCCUUCAGCAGACCAAUACCACCCACCGUCCCCUGCAUGUCCAAAGGCCUUCAAUUCCACCUGCAAGUGAUACUGAGAAACCGCUGUUUCCUCCAGCAGGAAAUUCGGUGUGUCAUAACCAUCAUAACCAUAAUUCCAUAGGAAAGCAAGUUCCCAGCUCAACAAAUGCCAAUCUCAAUAAUGCCAAUAUGUCCAAAGCUGCCCCUGGAAAGCGGCCCAGCAUUGGGAACCUUGAGCAUGUGUCUGAAAACGGGCAUCAUUCCUCCCACAAGCAUGACCGUGAGCCUCAAAGAAGGUCCAGUAUUAAAAGAACCCGCUAUUAUGAAACGUACAUUAGGUCUGACUCAGGAGAUGAGCAGUUCCCAACUAUCUGCCGGGAAGACCCAGAGAUACAUGGCUACUUCAGGGACGCCCGCUGCUGGGGGGAACAGGAGUAUUUCAGUGGCGAGGAGUGCUAUGAGGAUGACAGCUCACCAACCUGGAGCAGGCAAAACUAUAGCUACUACAACCGAUAUCCAGGCAGCAACUUGGACUUCGAGCGGCCUCGAGGCUACCAUCACCCCCAAAGCUUCUUGGAGGACGAUGACUCACCUGUUUGCUAUGAUUCCCGGAGAUCUCCAAGGAGACGCCUGCUACCUCCCACCCCAACAUCCCACCGGAGGUCCUCCUUCAACUUUGAGUGCCUGCGCCGGCAGAGCAGCCAGGAGGAGGUGUCGCCAUCCCCCGCCUUCCCCCACCGCACGGCCCUGCCUCUGCACCUGAUGCAGCAACAGAUCAUGGCAGUUGCAGGCCUAGAUUCAAGUAAGGCCCAGAAGUACUCGCCAAGCCACUCAACCCGGUCAUGGGCCACCCCUCCAGCGACCCCUCCAUACCGGGACUGGACGCCAUGCUACACUCCCCUGAUCCAGGUUGAGCGGCCGGAAGCCCUGGACCAGGUCAACGGUAGCCUGCCGUCCCUGCACCGCAGCUCGUGGUACACGGAUGAGCCUGGCAUCUCCUAUCGGACUUUCACACCAGCCAGCCUGACUGUCCCCAGCAGCUUCCGCAACAAAAACAGCGACAAGCAGAGGAGUGCAGACAGCUUGGUGGAGGCAGUCCUGAUAUCUGAAGGCUUAGGACGGUAUGCAAGGGACCCAAAGUUCGUGUCGGCGACAAAACACGAGAUCGCCGAUGCCUGUGACCUAACCAUCGAUGAGAUGGAGAGUGCAGCCAGCAACCUGCUUAAUGGGAACAUGCAUCCCCGGGCCAACGGGGACGUUGGCCCCGGCUCGCACCGGCAGGACUUUGAACUCCAGGACUUUGGGCCAGGCUACAGCGACGAAGAGCCAGACCCCGGGAGAGAUGAGGAGGACCUGGCAGAUGAAAUGAUAUGCAUCACUACCCUGUAGCCCCCAGGGAGGGGCAGACUGGCUCUGGCCUCAGGUGGGGCGCCGGAGGGCCAGGGAAAAAGUGCCUCGUAGUUAGGAAAGUUUAGGCACUAGUGUGGAGUCCAUAUUCAAUUAGACUUUUGUACAAGUGAUGUCAUGCCUCAAGGAAGCCAUAAACCUGGUAGGGAACAGCCGUGCACAUGUGCUCAGCCCCAGCUGCGGGAAACAGCAGGUCCAGCCCUCUCGGAGAGGACCAGUGAGGAGGUCGGACAAGCCCCGCCCGCUGGUGCAGAGCGCACCCCAGGGCGCUCACCCACACCCACCUGCCCGCAGGCACGGUGGGGAAGGUUAAAGGUGAGGACGAUCACCAGACCUGUGUCAUUACCUCAGCCAUCGGUCUAGCAUAUCAGACAUUCAAUGGGCCCAGCAUAUCCAUUUUUACACCCUUUCCCCCCAAAUAUACUGCUUCCUGGUUCCUGUUUAGCUGUUCUGAAAUACAGUGUGAGAGUCAGGAGGUACCUACCAGCCGUCAUCCUGAAAGGGAGCAGGAGCUUUCUGUUAUGUGGCGCCAGUUUACACGAGAGCAUCACUCCCACGGUCAGCCUCUGACCGUCAGGCUAAGGGCAACUGUAAACUGGAAUAAUAAUGCACUCGCAACCAGGUAAACCUAGAUACGCUAGUUUGUUUAAAAAUUAUAGAUUUACUGUACAUGACUUGUAAUAUACUAUAAUUUGUAUUUGUAAAGAGAUGGUCUAUAUUUUGUAAUUAUUGUACCGUAUUUGAACUGCAGCAAUAUCCAUGGGUCCUAACAAUUGUAGUUCCCCACUGAAAUCUAGAAAUUAUUAGUAUUUUUACUCGGGCUAUCCAGAAGUAGAAGAAAUAGAGCCAAUUCUCAUUUAUUCAGUGAAAAUCUUUUGGGGGUACAAUUUUAAGUUCUAAAGAACUUGACACUACAGAGAUUUUUCUAAAAUAUUUUGAGUCGCUAUAAACCUAUCUUUACACAAGGUAUACCAGAUGACCAUUUGCAGUCUUGUCUUUGGGCGAGAGUUCUACGAUUUGAUAUCGUACCUUUUGAUCCACCAUGGGUUACAACCGUCUUUUGUUUUCCUCUGCUAACCCUCUGAUAAGUUCAUAACAGAGUGGGUCAAGCUGGUUGCUCUGACCCUGUGGCAUUCAAAGUUGUGGUUUUCUUAGCUGCCCCCACAGUACAUUUUUGCAUUUCUGGUGCAGAAAUCAUUGCACAGAUGAACGAAGUCCCUGUGUUCUUGUCCCCCGGGGACUGGUGACGCUGCUUAAGAAAUAAGGAAUGCUGGGGAAGGGGGGACAGAGGAAGCAACGUGAAGAUCUGCAGGAUUAGAAUGUCGGGGUCUGGACAAAUCAAAUUGCUGCCUUUUUACAAAACAUUGCUGUACUGUGUGUUCUGAGGGCUUUUAUAUGCAAUUGAACGAGGGCUGAAGUUUUCGUUAGAAUGCACUCACACGCGAUUGUACUUCCCGAUGGAAACCCACUUUGGGAUCAUUAGACUCGUCGAGGCUUCCUUUUCUGUUCACAGAAUUAUGCCGACUUUAUCAAGGUACCUUGGCAGGGAUUCCCUGCAGUCAAAAAGACAGGUAGCAAUUUGGGGUUCAAAAUUUUUAAAUAUUACAUAGACAACCUGUUAAUGUUUGUUUUGGGGCUUUGGUUUUUUUUGUAAAUAAUAACACUUUGUUAUCAAGACCUUACCAACCUCUUCUUAAGACAUUCUUACUCCAGAUCCAGGCAAAAACACUUCAAGGUUUGUAAAUGACUCUUUCCUGACAUAAAUUCUUUUUUAUUAAAAUGCAAAAUGUUCUUCAGAAUAAAGCUGUGUAAUAAUUUUAUUGUAUUUGGGAGCUCUCCUUGCAAAGAGCUGGUGUUUGCCAGUGAGAGCUUCAGAGGGGCGGGCACUGUGAGGGCAGUUCUGUAAUUUCUGUGAUUCUCUAGAUUUGUUCUUACCCGCCUGGCUCCUUCAGUGCCCGUGGUAACUUAAUGCCAGCUGCAGAGAGCACUCUUUCUCCUAAAGGGCUAACCCACUCUCACCUCAUCUCAGACUGUGUGUCUCCAUUGGGUGUGGGUCUUACUGCGUGGCUUCACACCGUCAGUCCAAGGUCACCCGACCAGGACUGAAGUUUCUGGUAUGGGCCAUGAUCUUUGCCAGUCAGUGCCUAAAAGCUGGCAUUUUUACAGGCUGCACUACUCUGCAUAUCUGUCUGCUUUAAGCCUGGUUCAACCUCUCAUCUAACAUUAAAUUUUUCUUUGUAAGAAAAAUUUGCAGUUGUAGAGCAUGGUUUUUUUCUUUGUUUUAGGGAAGUUUUAAGAUUAAAUGUCUUUCCUUUUUGGUUCCCAUCCCACCUCCCUAAAAAAAGUCAUUUUGUUGUGUCCCCAGGAACAGAGCGUAUAGUGUCAUUAAUCUUGUGUUUCUCAUCAUAUCACAAAAUGGAAAUGGGAGCUCUGAUUUAACUAUCAGUGAGCAAGAACCUCAUUAAUAACCAUCUCUGUGAUUGAUUUCCAUCCAGACAGCUCGGCCAGGCAGCGCUUCCCAGCUCUAUUCCAAGAUGUUUCAGAAUCGGCCCCAGGCCAGGAAGGGUGGGUUGUGAAGACCCUGGAAGCUUCUCAGUGCACAGUGUGGGCUUUACAUGCUUGACAAAUCUUCUUUACUGCUGACCCCGCACUUGUGAAAGAAACCAGGGCAGUUUAGUUUAUUGCAUGUUGUUUGUUUUUUAUGGUCUAAAGUAACAAGGAUCUUGUUGUGGUGGGUGUUGGAUUUGUUCUACGAGUUGGUUACCGAGAGAGCGAGCUAUUGUCGCACAGAGAGCCCCAGCUCCUUUUUUAGCCUUCUGGACUCAAAAACAAGCUUCAGCUACGCUUUCCUUUGUUGAAAAUGUUUUUAUUUCUCUAAAAUGAUGUUCCUUCUCUACUGGGGACUUGGGAGAGCAGGCGAGAAUGAGGAGCAGGCCUGGGGCCCUUGCUUCCAACAUGGGAACAACGGUGAGAGAAUGGUCCUGAGGACGCCCUGUGGGGACGGCGGAGGAGAGGAGAUGGGAGACUGCCUGGGCCUCAAGACAGGGCCAGGGGAGAGGGUGCCUUUUCCUGAAUCUUAAUAGAGAUCCAACAUUAGGUUGGUCAGCGGAAAUAGGAAACGACCUUUGGGCGGAGGAGUGUGGUUUGUCUGGAGAGGAGAAUCUGUUUGAACUUAUGGAAACGGUAAUUCCUGAAGCCUGCACUGGAAGCAGAAAGGCAGUCUGUAAAGGCGCUGGGGCUCCUGCUCCUGGGACCCGGCGCUUCCCGGUCACGCUCAGGCAGGCUGCUCCCAUACCUGCAUGUUUGCCCCUUAUCCUACCAGGGAGAACCUGGCGCAGCAGCUUAACCGCAGGCUUCUUCAAAGGGGUCGGUGCUCCUCAGAGCCCGUUCAUUAGGCACAUACACGGCGUUCUGUUAGGCUUUUUUGACCAUUUUUUUGAAAAAUAUGUUCUUCUGUUUUUUAGGUAUUGCAGGCUUUUUGCUAAGGGGCUUAAAUGACAGUCUGCCUGAUUCUUUGAGAGGCCGAGUGCUGGCCUGGUCUCUGUGUUUCUCACGGGCCGCAUAACCAUGGCUCAUGCUCCCUAACUUGAGUCGGCACUUGGCUCCCCUCUCUGGCCCUCCUUCUGAGCUCAGGGGUCCCUCAUGACAGUGGAACUUUCAGACAGCCCCUUGUUACGGCAUGGGCCACCACUCCACUCUGACGGG